AAUUUGACGUUUAUAUAUACUUCAUGGCAGCCAUUGAAUUUUUUCGUCGCGUCGUCUUUGCAAAACAAAAAUUGCGUGUGUGCUCUAAAAAAUUGCAAAACUUACUCAUUUAAAGUGAAAAAAAUGUUCGAACGCAAACUGUGAAUCCAUCAUCGCGUAAAUCUGUUAAUAAGUGUGUGAAAUUUGUGUUAUUCGCAGCAAAAAAGACAUUUGAAAAGUAGAUUCACAUAACAAAUUUUGCCUUUGUGUACUUAUACAUAUUGCCUAAUUCCCCAUACUAUUUCACUGGAAGGCUCAUAAUUUGCGGUUUUCUGUGUCCCAAUUUUUUAAAUUUGUAGGGUGAAUAUGGCUUCACCCUCACCCGCUAAUAGUCCAAUGCCUCCUCCUCAGGUGCCGCCAGCACAAAGCCCCUCGCCAUCGCCGCACAGUCCUUAUCCACAUCAACAAAUGCCGCAAGGACCGCCAGUACAACAAGGGCCUUCUGGUGCAGUCCCGGCAGGUCCACCACAUGGACCGCCACAACAGCAACAUAUGCAAGGACCGCCACCGCAUAGUCAACACGGUCCAAUACCACCCGGCGGUCAUCACGGCCCACCGCCACCUCCUGGUCAUCCUGGUGGCCCCUAUACGCAUCCUAUGCAGCAUGCACCACCACACGGUUCUCCGCAUGGACCACCACAACAUCAACAACACGGUGCAAUGCCGCCUGGGCAACAUGGUGUAGGUCAACAUGGUCCACCACCACCACAUGGGCAAGGUCCUCCAGGUCAGCAUGGCCCACCUCCUCCAGGUAGUGGUGGUGCACCGGGUAGUGGUCCGCCAAUGUCACAUGCCCCACCACCACAUGGCGUACCACCACCACACGGACCGCCAGGACCACAACAACAACCGGGUGUACAAGGAGCGCCACCACCGCAUAUGAAUGGACCACCAGGCCAAGGACCACCUGGCCCACCAGGUCCACCAGGACCGCCACCACAAGGGCAUCACAUGCCACCGCAUCAUCAAGGCAUGGGUCCACAUAUGGGAAUGCAAAUGCCGCCACAAGGUCCCAAUAUGCCGCCAAUGGGUUAUCAAACACACGGAAUGCCGCCAAAUGGUCCACCGGCUCCCGGUCAGGGCCCACCACCCGGUGAUCGUCCUGUACAGGAAAGUCUUACCGCACUACAACGCGCCAUUGACACGAUGGAAGAAAAGGGACUACAAGAGGAUCCGCGCUACUCACAGCUACUCGCCAUACGCGCCACGUCGAAGCAUCAACAUCUCACUGGCAAUCAAGUGAAUAUGUUGCGCGCACAAAUCACCGCCUAUCGCUUGUUGGCGCGCAACAAACCGAUUUCUAUGCAGAUGCAACAACAAUUGGCACCACCACAACAACAACAGCAGCAGCAGCAACAACAGCAACAGGGUGGCGUACCGCCUGGACCACCCGGGCCGCCGGGACAACAUCCGGGUGUGCCAGUACAACAACAACAGCCCCAACCGGGACCAACUGGUGCCCCGCCACCAGGUGCUGCCGGCAGCGCGGGCACACCACCGCAAUGUCCAACACCGCCGGCAAGUCCAUACACGCAACAGCAGGUACCCGGCGGACCAAAGUUACAGCCACCACCACCACAACAUGUGCAGCAACCAACCAUGCCACCAGGCGCUGGCGCACUACCAAUGCCACCGCAACAAGAUAUGUCACAUCAGUUGCCGAAUGGCGCUGGCGGCAAACCGAAUGCCGGUCCACCACCACAAAUGAUGGGUGGCGGUCAGCCACCAAUUUCUUCACCAAUGCCAGCAACAAUGGCGCAAGUUGUGCGUCCGGGCAUGCCACAGGUGCCACCCGGCAUGCCGCCACAAGUAACACCAGGCAUGCAAGCGCCUAAACCUGGCGCACCGCCACCACAGCAACCUAUGCCGAAACCCAAUCGCAUAACCACAGUUGCCAAGCCGGUUGGUUUGGAUCCGAUUACAUUGCUGCAGGAACGUGAAAACCGCAUAGCAUCGCGCAUUUCGUUGCGCAUGCAAGAGCUGCAGCGAUUGCCGGCUACCAUGCCGGAGGAUCUACGUCUGCAAGCGGCUAUAGAAUUGCGUGCGCUGCGCGUGCUCAACUUCCAACGGCAACUGCGCGCCGAAAUUGUACAGUGUACGCGACGCGAUACAACGCUCGAGACAGCAGUCAAUAUUAAGGCGUACAAGCGCACAAAGCGUCAGGGUCUGCGUGAGGCGCGCGCCACCGAGAAAUUGGAGAAACAACAAAAAUUAGAAGCGGAGCGUAAGCGACGGCAGAAACAUCAAGAAUUCUUGGCAGCAGUGUUACAGCAUGGCAAGGACUUUAAGGAGUAUCAUCGCAACAAUAAAGCGCAGCUGGCGCGCGUCAACAAGGCGAUUAUGAAUCAUCACGCCAAUGCGGAGCGUGAACAGAAGAAGGAGCAAGAGCGUAUCGAGAAGGAGCGUAUGCGUCGUUUGAUGGCCGAGGAUGAAGAGGGCUAUCGUAAACUUAUCGAUCAGAAAAAAGAUAAACGUUUGGCAUUCCUGCUGUCGCAGACCGACGAAUACAUCAGCAAUCUCACACAAAUGGUGAAACAGCACAAGGAUGAUCAGAAGAAGAAGAAAGAGGAAGAGAGCAAGCGCUUGGUGCAAUACAAGAAAGAGCUGCUAAUGAGCGGCGAAUACAUGAAUAUCGAUGAGAGCUGCAUUGCAGCGGAUAUGCACGUCACUGUCGUUGAGCAAGCAACAGGCGCGCGUCUCUCCGGUGAAGAAGCGCCCAUGUUAAAGAAUUUGCACAACUGGUUAGAACGUCAUCCUGGCUGGGAUUGGAUUGAGUCCGAUUCUGAUGAUGAAGGUGAUGCUGAGAUGCGUGCAGCGAACAUGCACAAUAAAUCAAAGGAAGAACAGGAAGAGAAGAAGUCCGAAGAGGCAGAUAGUAAAGAAGCUACAAAUGUCGAGGAUGCUAAAGACUUCAUCAAGAAAGUUAAAGUGGAAGAUGAUGAGUAUCGUACUGAGGAGCAAACCUAUUACAGUAUUGCGCAUACUGUACACGAAAAGGUGACCGAACAGGCAGCCAUUAUGGUUAACGGACAAUUGAAGGAGUACCAGCUGAAGGGUUUGGAAUGGUUAGUCUCAUUGUACAAUAACAAUUUGAAUGGUAUUCUGGCCGAUGAGAUGGGUUUGGGCAAGACUAUACAGACAAUUUCGCUAGUUACCUACCUAAUGGAUCGCAAAAAGGUCAUGGGCCCCUAUCUGAUUAUUGUGCCGCUCUCCACACUACCCAAUUGGGUGCUGGAAUUCGAAAAGUGGGCGCCUUCCGUUGGCGUCGUCAGCUAUAAAGGCAGUCCACAGGGUCGUCGCUUGCUGCAGAAUCAAAUGCGUGCCACUAAAUUUAAUGUGCUACUCACCACCUACGAGUACGUCAUCAAAGAUAAAGCAGUGCUUGCUAAAAUCCAAUGGAAAUACAUGAUUAUCGAUGAAGGUCAUCGUAUGAAGAAUCACCACUGCAAGCUUACCCAAGUGUUGAACACACACUAUAUAGCGCCCUAUCGCCUGUUGCUGACCGGUACACCGCUACAAAAUAAAUUGCCCGAAUUGUGGGCUCUACUAAAUUUCUUGCUACCAUCCAUCUUCAAGUCCUGCUCCACUUUUGAGCAGUGGUUUAAUGCACCCUUCGCCACCACAGGCGAGAAAGUCGAAUUGAAUGAGGAAGAAACCAUUUUGAUUAUUCGUCGUUUGCAUAAAGUGUUGCGUCCCUUCUUGUUGCGUCGUCUCAAAAAGGAGGUGGAACAUCAAUUGCCCGACAAGGUUGAGUAUAUUAUUAAAUGUGACAUGUCGGGUUUGCAGCGUGUGCUCUACAAGCAUAUGCAGAGCAAGGGUGUGCUACUUACCGAUGGUUCGGAGAAGGGUAAACAGGGCAAGGGUGGCGCUAAGGCUUUGAUGAAUACUAUUGUGCAGUUGCGUAAGCUUUGUAAUCAUCCAUUCAUGUUCCAACAUAUCGAGGAGAAGUAUUGCGAUCAUACCGGCGCACACUGUGUUGCAUCUGGUCCAGAUCUGUAUCGUGUGUCGGGCAAAUUUGAAUUACUCGAUCGUAUUUUACCGAAGUUGAAGGCCAGCAAUCAUCGUGUGUUGCUCUUCUGUCAGAUGACACAGUGCAUGACUAUUAUUGAGGAUUAUUUGAGUUGGCGUCAGUUUGGCUAUUUGCGUUUGGAUGGUACUACCAAGGCCGAGGAUCGUGGCGAAUUGUUGCGUAAAUUCAAUGCAAAAGGCUCAGAUUAUUUCGUGUUCUUGUUGUCGACACGCGCAGGUGGUUUGGGUCUCAAUUUGCAAACUGCCGAUACGGUUGUAAUCUUUGAUUCCGAUUGGAAUCCACAUCAGGAUUUGCAGGCACAAGAUCGUGCGCAUCGUAUUGGUCAGCGCAAUGAGGUGCGUGUGUUACGUUUGAUGACGGUCAAUUCGGUGGAGGAGCGUAUCUUAGCUGCUGCGCGCUAUAAGUUGAAUAUGGACGAAAAAGUUAUUCAGGCUGGUAUGUUCGAUCAGAAAUCGACGGGUAGUGAACGUCAACAAUUCUUGCAAACGAUUUUGCAUCAGGAUGACAAUGAGGAGGAGGAGGAAAAUGAGGUGCCCGAUGAUGAGGUUAUUAAUAUGAUGAUAGCACGUAGUGAAGAUGAGAUAGAAUUAUUCAAGAAAAUGGAUAUUGAUCGCAAGAAGGAGGAUGAGGAAUUGCAUCCAGGUAGAGAGCGUUUGAUUGAUGAAUCUGAGCUACCCGAUUGGUUGACAAAGGACGACGAUGAGGUCGAGCGUUGGCAUCAAUAUGAUGAGGACACCAUUUUAGGUCGUGGUUCUCGUCAACGCAAAGAGGUUGACUACACGGACAGCCUCACAGAAAAAGAAUGGCUCAAAGCCAUUGAUGAUGGCGCCGAAUUCGAAGAGGAGGAGGAUGAAGACGAUGCUAAGCGUAAGCGUCGUAAACGUAAAAACCGUAAAGAUGAAUCCGAUGAAGAUGAGUUAAUUAUGAAGCGACGUCGUCGCCAAAAUAUCGAUAAGCGUCUCAAAAAACAAAUGAAUAAAAUAAUGUCAGCCGUUAUUAAGUACACGAACGACGAUGGACGCGUGCUCUCCGAACCGUUUAUGAAGUUACCUUCACGUCAGCGUCUACCCGACUAUUAUGAAAUUAUAAAACGACCUGUGGAUAUUAAGAAGAUUUUACAACGCAUUGAAGAUUGCAAAUACGGUGACAUCAAUGAGCUGGAGAAGGACUUUGUACAACUAUGUCAGAAUGCACAAAUCUACAAUGAGGAAGCUUCACUCAUCUACCUUGAUUCCAUUGAACUACAAAAGGUAUUCGUGAGUGCACGUGCACGUGUAACGGCUGCAGCAGCAGCAGCGGCAUCUGCGGCCGCCGCAGCUGGCAAUGAGUCUACAAGUGGUGGCGGUGGCGGUGGCACCGCAGCUGGCUCAGAGGCUUCGGACAAUGAGGAGGAGGAAGUUGGCGAUGAUGGUUCGGAAGAUGAGGAAAUUGCCACCACAUCCACAGCGGCGGUGAAGAUGAAAUUGAAAUUGAACAAGUCAUUGCCUAGCGCACCGUCAACUCCAAUACAGGCAGCACCAGUGAGCAGCACUGCUGCGGCUACCACCUCCAAGAAGCAAACGCGACGCAAACGUUCGCAAAAGAAGUAUACUAUUUUCGAUGAUGAUGACGAUGACAUAGAUUAGCUGCCAUUGGGCGUAGUUUUUGCGCUUAGCACGCAGCAGGAUUGUGUGGGCGGGGGAGGUGGUGUGAAGGCAAAGGCUAAGGCGGCGAGUUCGAAAGCUAGAAGGGUACCGAAGCAUUUGGCGCAUGACGACUACGAUGGUGACGUUGAUAAUGAUGAAUAAGCAGCAUUAAAGUUGAAAUAUUUCGCGUGAAAUUUGUACAAUUUGGCUUUCAACACAGAUUUCUUCUCAUAAACAUUUCGUAAUGGCUUCAAAGGCUAAUAAACAUAAUCAUUAUUUAAUAAAUAGUUUUAUACCACGUUAAUUAUUUUGCGGAAAACGGUAUUUUAUUAAUGCGUCGCCUUUUGCGUUUUUUGAGUUUUAAUAAUAAAUUAAAUUAUUAUGCUAUUCUCCUUCAAUUACUUAUUUUGCAAAUGAUCGAUAUUGUAGAUUUUACGCAGCACAAUUUUUAAUACAUAUAUAUUUAACAACAUGUUUUCUGCUAUCUUAAUCAUAAACAUAUAUUGCAAAUGCAUAAGUACUAUGAUUGAGUGCGUCAGCGCAAUGGAAUUAUAAAUAAAAUUAAUUAAAAACCAA